AUGUAUUUGAAGCGGCCCCACGGGUGCGAGCAGUGCGGGAAGGCCUUCACGCAGGCCGGCGCCCUGGCCAAGCACCGCCGGGUCCACACCGGCGAGAAGCCCUACCGCUGCCCCGUCUGCGCCAAGGCCUUCGCCCUCUCCUCGGGGCUGGUCCUGCACAAGCGCACCCACACCGGGGAGCGGCCCCACGCCUGCCCUCUCUGCGGCAAGGCCUUCAUCUCCUCGUCGCACCUCGCCCUCCACCUGCGCUCCCACACAGGUGAGCGCAAGUACCAGUGUCCCGUCUGCGGGAAGCUCUUCCUCCAGUCCUCGCAUCUGGUGCGCCACAAGGCCAUCCACACUGGCGAGAGGCCCUUCAAGUGUGAGGACUGCGGCAAGCUCUUCGGGCGCGCUUCGCACCUCGCCACUCACCGCCGCAUGCACACGGGCGAGAGGCCUUUCAAGUGCCUGCAGUGCGAGAAGGCCUUCACGCAGAAGGCCGGGCUGGUCCUCCACGUCCGCCUGCACACCGGGGAGCGGCCCUACAAGUGCGACAAGUGCGGGAAGAAGUUCCGCUCCUCCGCCCACCUCGUGUCGCAUCAGCUUCUUGAGUCGGGCGAGAGGAACUUCAAGUGUUCCACCUGUGGGAAGGCCUUCAAGCAGGCAUCAUCCCUCAAGCAGCACCUGAAGACCCAUGAGGCACGCGAGCCUCAACGCUGCUCAGUCUGCAGCCGGGCCUUUUCCAGGUCAUCUUACCUCCAGCUUCACAUGAGAACACACAGCGGGGAGCGGCCGUACCACUGCUUGGUUUGCAACCGGACAUAUGCCAAAAUUUCUACCUUUGAAAAACAUUGCAAAAAGCACCAGCAGGAUGAAGAGAGGCCUGAUGCUAGACACAGGCCAAUGACCACCAGAGCAAAAGCACUGACUGAAAAGAAGAAGCAGGAGCAGAAACAGCAACACCGAGAUAACAGUGUUGAGCAACCUUACCAGGCUGACCCAAAGCAGCAGCAGGAAGAAAGGCUGUAGAAGUUGCUAAAAUAAGAACUGUUCCUGGCCCUCUGCAGCAUGCCUCAUGGAGUUUCCUGCUCUGUCAGCUGCCUUCCCCCUGCAAUGGGAAGUCCAUACUGUUCGGGAUGCAGGAUGAAGUCAGACUUUGUACAGUAAAAUCCAGCGUCAAGAAUAUUUCAGAAUGGAAAAACUGAAAAUAUGCUCUAAUUCCCUGAGUGUUGCAGUACACUGAAUGUGCAAGAGGGAGCAGGAAUGUACUUCCAUGUCCCUAGACUGCCCGGCUGGAAGAAGAACCUCUCUGUGCAGCUCGCAGUUCCCAACAUGCGGGAGACACAGCCCAGGGGCACAGUGCUUUGUCUGCGCAAUUGCUUUCCUCCAUCCAACCAGCCUGGCUCCUGUUUCACCACCUCAAGGCCCAAUGCCGAAGGCACUGAAUCUCAU